UGCAUAGCUUCCGCCAAGUGUUACAGCUCUUUUAGAAUUUGUCUAGUAGGUUUUCUGACUUCGGUCGGAAAACCCCUCCCAACCUGACUGGUUUCUAAUAUCAGCAAGUAGUUACUGUCCUCGCCGAGCUAUGGGGCUGGGGGCUUUCGGCCCACUCUAGUUUCCUAGGAAGUACGCGUGUGCUAGAUUCACGCUCGGGAACUUCCGCCUCCUGCAAUACAGCUUCCUUUCUGCCUCCACAGGUCCGCAGCCGUGGGGGAGGCGGCUGGCUGCAGGCUCCUCCGGAUCUCAGUGUUCACACUAUUCAAGCACCGAGUGGCGUCCUAUGGCGUCCGCCUCGGCUCAGCCUGCGGCUCUGAGCGCAGAGCAGGCCAAGGUGGUCUUGGCGGAGGUGAUCCAAGCGUUCUCGGCCCCAGAGAACGCCGUGCGUAUGGACGAGGCUAGAGACAAUGCGUGCAACGAUAUGGGCAAGAUGCUGCAAUUCGUGCUGCCUGUAGCCACACAGAUCCAGCAGGAGGUUAUUAAAGCCUAUGGCUUCAGCUGCGACGGGGAAGAUGCUUGCCUGACUACAAGGAGAUCUCCUACUCUCAGGAGCCCCCUUGCCUGCCUCCACACACUGGUCUCCAGCAUUGUGAGAUGACUCGCUGCUUCUUGCAGGUGUCCUUAAGUUUGCCCGCCUGGUCAAGUCUUACGAAGCCCAGGAUCCUGAGAUUGCCAGCCUGUCAGGCAAGCUAAAGGCCUUGUUCCUGCCACCCAUGACACUACCACCCCACGGGCCUGCUUCCGGAAGCAGUGUGGCUGCCUCCUGAGAUUGAUUCUUUUCUGUGUGCCGCUGCUAUGAAGGAGGCCCUUGUGUUCCAGAGGAUAAUAAAUGUGCUUGUGGCUAAA